AUGCCUCUCCUACACCUCCCAAACGAAAUGUUGAUUAAAAUCGCCCGUGAGCUAUGUGAAGAAAACGAUCUAAACGCAUUAGUUCGCGUUAACCGACACUUCUACACACUUCUCAACGUCUACUUAUACGCACACAAUCUGCGCCGAUUUCAAGAUGACGAGAUUGAUACUGGUAGCGCCGCCCUUAUUUGGGCUAUCAUCUAUCGUGGACCUGAAGCGACAUACAAACUGGCACUCGAGGCAGAGAGGAAUUCAUCUCACAGCAGCGAAAUUCGUCCUAGCGAUUGCGCCAUAAAACUUGCACUGGUACUUGAACGAGCAGAUGCUCUGGCGCUUUUAUUCGAAAAUCGCGACUAUCAUGAUGUGGACAAGCAGGCCAUUCUUAAAGCUGCUCGUAUUGGAAACGUUGACGUUUUCCGUACCAUGAUCGAGUCAGGGUUUUUUGAACCUAGUUAUAAAGACGAAAAGGGUAUGACCUCGCUCAUGGAGGCGGCAAUUCAUGGCCAUGCUGAUAUUGCUCGAUACCUGCUUGGUUUUGAAGAAGUUGAUCUCAAUGCCAGAUGGAACGGAGGGCUCACACCCUUAUAUAUGGCUGCGGAGGACAACCAUGUUGAGAUUAUUAGGAUGCUCAUCGCCACUGGAAAGGUUGAUGUGAACGCCGAAAAUGACUAUGGCGUCACAGUACUCAGCAAAGCGGUGAGGGCUAACCACCCAGAGUGCGUGCAGGCACUUUUGGAAGAUGACUCGCUUGAUCCUAAUGCGGGAGCUAUGGAUUAUAUGAGCCCAUUACAGGAUGCGGCUUUCUGGGGGGAACUGGAAACGGUCAAUUUACUACUCGAGGGGGGCGCUGAUGCUAAUUUCGCGCCAACCGGUACCACGGCACUAACAAUCGCUGCGAAGGAGGGUCAUUAUGAUGUUGUUGAUGCUCUUCUCAGCGUUCGAGGCAUUUUGGUAGAUAGCCCGCCUCACUUCACCCAAUGCUGGCUCCUGGAUGCGGUAAUCCGUGGACAGGUUUCUCUUGUUGAGACACUCCUCGCUCUACCAGACAUAAAUGCAAACGAGAAAGAUGAUGAUGGGAAUCCGCUCUUGAUUACCGCAAUCAUCAAAGGACAGACUAAAACAGUCUUUGCUCUUCUGGCGAGCGGUAAGGUUAACGUCAAUUUGGCAGGAUGUCGUGGGCGUACUCCUCUACAUGUGGCAGUAGACCGGGGGCACCCUGAUAUUGUUCGUCGGUUGCUAUCUGUUGACGGCAUAGAUCCAAAUUUGAGGGAUUGGUUUCGUGAGACACCAUUCGGGCUGGCUCUUGUUGGACAGAAUCAUGAGAUUUUGGUAAUGCUCUUGGAAGUUCAGGAAGUUCUUGAUGAUGCGAUAUUCGGAUUAGCUAACUCUAUCACGUAUGCCGAAGGGGAGGACUAA